AUGACAACAGAAGUUGAUGAAGCCCGCUGUGAAGGAUCUCAAGCAGACGGCCUCUUAUCUCCACUGUCAGAUAGUGACGACAUGACGUCGCAAUCUUCUGAUGAUGAUGAUGAUGGACAGUCUGAAGUUGAUAUGACAUUUCAGACUGACAAGAAACAAUGGAAAUGUUCUCAGUGUGGGAAAACAUUUGCUUAUAAGAGCAUUUUGAAAGAACAUGUGAGAACACACACUGGGGAGAAACCUUUUUCCUGCUUAGAUUGCGGUCAAAGAUUCACUAAAAAGGGAAGUUUAAAAAUACAUGCAAGAACCCACACUGGUGAGAAACCUUUUUCCUGCUCAGUCUGUGGUCAAAGAUUCUCGAUGAAGGGACACUUAAAAAUACACACAAGAACCCACACUGGUGAGAAACCUUUUUCCUGCUCAGUUUGUGGUCAAAGAUUCUCUGAAAAGGGAAACUUAAAAAAACGCACAAGAACACACACUGGUGAGAAACCUUUUUCCUGCACAGUUUGUGGUCAAAAAUUCUCUGUGAGGGAAAGCUUAAAAUUACACACAAGAACCCACACUGGUGAGAAACCUUUUUCCUGCUCAGAUUGUGGGCAAAGAUUCUCUGAAAAGGGAAACUUAAAAAAACACACAAGAACACACACUGGUGAGAAACCUUUUUCCUGCACUGUUUGUGGUCAAAGAUUCUCUGUGAAGGAAAGCUUAAAAUUACACACAAGAACCCACACUGGUGAGAAACCUUUUUCCUGCUCCGUUUGUGGCCAAAGAUUUUCUGAAAAGGGAAAGUUAAAAAUCCACACAAGAAUCCACACUGGUGAGAAACCUUUUUCCUGCACAGUUUGUGGUCAAAGAUUCUCUGUGAAGGGAAGCUUAAAAAUACACACAAGAACCCACACUGGCGAGAAACCCUUUUCCUGCUCCGUUUGUGGUCAAAGAUUCACUCGGAAGGGAAACUUAACACAACACACAAGGACCCACACUGGUGAGAAACCCUUUUCCUGCACAGUUUGUGGUCAAACAUUCUCUUAUAAGUAUCAGGCUAAGACACACAAGUGUGCUGGUGAGAGUACAAGUAAUCAAAAGCUUUUAAUGCAAAUUUAAAUGUUUAAAACAGUUAUUACUAUGUUACAGACUGACAAAAAAAUACAUUCUUGUGUUCUGUGUAGCAGCUUUUGUUGUAUCAUCUUCAUGUCCAUAUGUUUUCUCAAAGCCUCCCGCUGGUAAGUGUUGAGAAUUAGCACUGUUUACCUUAGUUUGUAUCACUUUAAUGAUGACAUCCAAUUAAAUUUGCCAUUUUUGCUGUAUUUUUUUAUUUCCUGAAAAAUUGUCAUUUUGAAGGUGAGGGGAUUCUACCCGACAGCUAUGAUGUAUAAAAUAUGACUAAUUACUGCCACUUUAUAGUGUUGUACAUUCAUUUUCCCACACCAGCUGUUCUAAGCAAAGCAAAUAAAAAAAAUUGUAUAUAG